AUGACAGCAUUAUCAAACAAAUACACAAAAUGCGUAAUGGGUAGGGAAAUGUAUGGAAGUGUAGAAGAAGGCGAAACGAAAAGAAGAAUGGAAGCACCUGAGUUGAAAUUCAUCAAACUAAUCUCACUCAUUUGGGGACUUUUUUUUUGCAACAUCAUAAUGGUUACGAAUUAUGGCUUUUCACAGAGGAAGAGAGAGAUAGAAAGGGAGUGGGAGAGGGAUAUAGAUAGGAAAAGGAAAAAGAAGCGAAAUACAAAUGAUGAUGAACACAAAAGCGCUACAGAAAAUUGUCAAGAUCGUAUCAAAUAUCAAUCACUAAAUAAUAAUCAACUUGAAUGGAAUAAAUAUACGGCAAACAGUUUUAAAGGCAUUAAAUAUGAUUUUCCUCAACUCCUAGUAACCGGUUGUUUUGACAUUAUGGCACACCUUGACUACACUUAA